AUGGCAAAUAUUUGGACAGACAAUGAGACAAAGCUUCUGAUCACAAUUUGGAGGGAUCAGAAUAUACAACAACUAGAAAACCACAGCAUCCGCAAUAAAAUAGUGUACGAGAAGCUUGCAAAAGGUAUGGCGGAUGGUGGCUUCACCCGAAAUGCAAAGCAAUGCCAGUCGAAGAUCAAGCAUCUGAGGGAGAAGUACAGAACAUAUAAAGACAAGAUAGCUAGAUCUGGUGCUGGUGCAGGCAAACCACCGAAAUUUUUUAAUGAAAUAGACGAAAUGCUUGGGACAAGACCGCAAACACGCCCAACGUUUUUGCUGGACAGUGGGAAUGCCGAUGCAGAUAAAGAAAGCAGCAGUAGUUCCGAAUUUAACCGUAAGUACAAUGGGUCAUUCCAUUUAAUAUAGGCACACCCCUGGAUAUUCUAUAGGAGAAGGUCUGGAUAUUCUAUAGGAGAGGAGGGAGGUUUUACUUUAAAUUUUCCUAGAGGAUUGCUUAUUUGCUUGAGACAUUUUCAAAACAAUUGCAAAAAUUAGGUGUUUGAGUAAUAUCCAAGGAAAGGGGAUCCUAUUAAAAGGGGGUAGAAGAUAUCCAUGGAAACUUCAAAAAUUGCAUCCAGGGGCUGGGAGUGGGCUAUUCAGUUAUUAUCACCCUGUUGAGGAACCUUGGAAUUUGCGGGGGAGGGGGUGCAUUAACCUUGGAAUUUCCAGGGGAGGGGGUGCAUUAACCUUGGAAUUUCCAGGGGAGAGGUGCAUUAACUUUGCAUUUCCAGGGCAGGGGUACAUUAACCUUGGAACUGCCAGGGGAGAGGGUACAUUAACCUUAAAAUUUACAGGAAAGGGGGCAUUCAGGCUCUGGAAUUCCAAGGGGAGGAGUAAUUCUCACAUGGAAUUUUCCAUGGGAGAAAUUCCAUGGGGGAGGACAUAUGUUAGAUGAAAUUUCCGGGAGUAAAUUUCGCAUGCUGCAAAUUCCAUAGGGAGGGGUAAUUUACACAUGGAAAUUCCAGGGGGGGGGGAAUAGAAAUUCCAUGGGCAAGGGUAAUUUUUACAAGGAAAUUCCAUGGGAAGUGAAAAUCGACAUGAGAAUGGGGUUCCUCGAACGGGGAAUAAUAAUUGGAAUAGCCCAUUUUUAUGUGUGGGGUGUGCAUAUAUUAAAUAGAAUGCCUAAUGAUUCCUCCUAGCUAUAAAUCACAGACAACAUAGAAUAACUAAAACUAUACCAAUUGUGUUUGUUGAUUUGCAGCAAACCAGGAUGAUCAGAACAGCAGUCGUUCAGAUGGCAGUAAAGAAGAAUCAAGUGCCGGUAUGAAUAUGUAUUAAAUAUAUCAUCAUGAUCAAGCAUAUCAUUCACCGCCCAAACUUCCUGGUUACAUUUAUAUUCAAUAGUUUGUUCUCUUUCUUUUAGAUGAGGAUUCUAAUGAUGAUUCUCUGUUAGACCAGUCACUGAACAGCAUAAAUUCCACUACUAGAAGUAAACACCAAGCUGGAACAAUCUGUUAUAAUCUGUUAUAAAUUCCUUCAUAUGUUACAGUACACUAUGGAACAAAUUUUUACAAUGUGAAAUGUGAUUAUUGCUUUCAAGUUUGUAUUAACACUGAGUACAGUAUUUUUGCAAAUAAUAAUUAACAAGACGCUCUGCGGAGCGUUAACUCGCUGGGGCUAUACAAAUACGCACAUUACUGUACAAUGUACAUGAUACAUACAGUACACAGCUCUUUCAAUUGAGAUUCAAGGUUUUCCCCCGAGCUAAGCGGAAAAGUCAAAUACGAGCGGAAAAGGCUGUUUAUAAACACAGUACUAAAAUGGUGCUCUGCAAAUCUGGCAUUCCGUCUGCAAGGACAAAAGUUAUAUUUAGAUUUUAGUACGCUAUAUACAUUUUUCUGUCGGCCGCCAGUUGGUCUGUACGUUCAAAAUAAAAUAUUGGGGGGGCUUUUGGGCUCAAUACUAUCAAAACGAAGCGAGAAGUGAGACGAAUUCACUGUUAUACGGCCGAAAAAGAGAAAACCAAUGAUACCAAAGUUAUCAAGGGUCAAAUGUACUGCAUUUUUUUAUAAUUAGUUUAAUAAUAUUGAGCGAUUGGCAACAUUAAUACAAUUUCGCUUGGCUUUCAAAGACAAAGGCCAUAAAUAGCUAGAACACUGUUGUUUAGUAAUACUGGUAUAUUUGACAUCCGUAUUAAUUAGUACAAUUUCUAACUCUGAAUCGAAUGGUGGUAUUUUUAUCCUUAUCGCGCCAUUACAAAUACAAGGACAAACCUGUGGACAAACGUAGUGCGAGUGAUUUGUGAUGAACAAUCCGUACUGCCAGCGAUUUUUCAACAAUACAAUUUCGCUUCAUUUUCAAAGGCCAUAAAUCGCUAGAAUACGGGUGUUUAGUAAUACACUUGACAUCCGUAAGUACAAUUUCUUACGCUGAAUCGAACGGUAUCGCUUUCUUCUCAAAAUAUAAAGAAGCACAGUCAAACAUAUAAAUUUUUAUAAACUUGUGAUUUGCGAAGGUUGCUGUUUCCAUGCGAAAUUCCUUGUAAAAUUGUUCAAUUUUCACGAAUUUUCCUCAAAAUGGAGGGUUAUUUAUGGAUAAUUUGGGUAAAAUCGGCAGGAGACUUAUGGAUAAUUGGGGGGAAAUUAGGCAGCUCAUUAAUAUUCUAUUUUGUGGCUAUCGACAAUUGGAGAAAAAUGCAUGCCGAAACCUAUACUCGUCUGGGGCACAGAGUGCCCCAGCGAGUAAUAAAUUUUAAGACAGAAAAUGAAGCAAUUCUUUUUAUAUAUCCAUUUGCAUUGCUACAGAGUGCCCAAAGAAACGAAUGACCCGCCAUAAGCCCAACAAAUUUGAGUCUGCUGUUGAAAGUUUUAAGGAGGUCCUAACUGGACAGCACGAGGAAAAUGUCACACUGACUACCUCAAUCCAACAACAAUGGCUGGAGUUGGAGAAACAACGCAUCCAGCAUGAAAAGGAAGAGAGGGAACAAGAACGGCAGCAUGAGUUCAGAAUGAUGCAGCUUUUUAGCACAAUGGUCAAUCAAGGUGGUAUGCAGGCUCCACAACAGUAUACCAGUGUCCCAUCCACAAUCCAACAGAAUCAGUGCACAUAUAGUGACAUAAGCCACUCAUCACCUUGA